AUGUCACGCGCUGUCGCCCUUGUGGCCUGCGCGUCCGUUGCGCGGGCGCUCGUGAUCGACGCCCACGCUGGGAGCGAUGAUGCCACUGUCCCUGGUGCUCAGUUGAAGCGGAAUGCGCUCUUGAUCGCAGACCAGAACACCCACCUCUACAAGCCGCUGAGGGAGAGGCUCAAAAAGCAGGCCGUGACUCCCGUGAUAUAUUUCUUCGGAGAUUCCACCAUGCGUAACCAGUGGAUGGCUUUCUGCUCGAUCAUUCGGGACGGCAGCGGUGAGGACAUCGCUGACCCGAGCCCUGAGGGAGGUGGAGCCGUGAUGAGGCUGGAGGAGAACUCCAAGGUCGCAACGAGAAAUUUCUGCAGUUCCAGCAUCGGUGCCGCAUUCCUGUACCACACGUGGGAACCCAUGGAGGCAGGCUUCGUGGAGAAGGUGAUCUCGUGGGGCUACCCGGCCCCCACGGGGAUCUACUUGAACUCCGGCCUGCAUGUCCUGCGGGGCCUCGGGCCGAAGGGGCUGGAGUGGAACAGGCAAAGGUACGAGGACUUCCGCGGUCUCGAGGCCGCCUACACAAGCACGGUCCAGCGGUGCUCCGAGGUCGCCCCGGCAGCCAAGGUCGCCCUGAUGCUCUCCCACUGCAUCUGCGAGGACUUCUUCACCGGGGCGUGGGGCCAGGAGGUGGCGGACUACAAGAGCGAUCCUGUGAAGGCCACGCGGAACUGCACGAGCGAGCUGAUCGGGGAGGGCGUCGGUGCUGCAGAUGCCCAGGCGGGGUGCAUCGAGUCGGCAUUCACUCGUGGGGGUAUCCUCCAGCUCAACAACCGCCUCCUUGCCGCGAGCAAGGAGCUGCAGGGCAAGGCGCCAGGCAUCGUGGAUGCCUUCAGCCUCACCGACGGGAUGUGCAAUGCCACCUUCGACGGGGUGCACUACAACUACCACGUCCUGAACGAGCUGAGCAUGGCAUUCGAUGCCAUGGGCAUCGCGCUCUGA